AUGAGCCAGACGCUGUACGGUAUCCCGUGGCUACGCGCUCAACGUGAGAUUGCUUGCUGUCGCUGUCGUCGCCGUAAGAAGAAGUGUGAUAAACGCCGCCCGCUGUGCGGCGAAUGUGCCAGGUCCGGUGCAGAAUGUGUGCCACUCGCCCCUAAGAAGUCUGCCAUGACCACACUUCCAGCUGGAUACGUUCAUCUGCUCGAGGAACAUAUAGCGACACUUGAAACUCGCCUCCGACAGUCCAACCCGUCGAUUGCCGGUGACCAUUUUCUGAGCGACCCCAGAGCAAGACCUGUCAACACCCCACCCUCGAUGGAUAUGAUAGCAGAUGAUGCUGUACCUCCAUUGAAUCUGUUGGGCAGACUUUCAGAUGGGCCACUGGAUGUCGCCGGGCCUGCUUCUCCCAAUGAUCCACCCGGUGCCGGCCCAGUGGCAACUCCGGAUUGGGUACUCGGGACAUUCGAUGAAGCCAACAUCGACUUCGAUCUUGCAGCAUUGAGCGGCAGAGAUAUCUCACCGUUAACAAAUCCUCCACGAGACCGCAUGACGGAUCAAUCUCAAUUAGAACCCACAACGUUUGAGGCCGAUGACAUCCAAGACACGGAACCCGGCGCACCUUCUCUUCAGCUCGCCAUCCAAGAAGAACGGCUGACCGAGUCAUACUUGCCUCUGUCAGUUGCUGGUCGCUAUGUGAAGGAAUACUUCACAAGUGCUCACCCCAUGUGGCCGUUCUUACACCGCCAGCAAUGGGAGGACUGGUGGAAGUAUUGGUCUGGCCCGGCGAGACAAAUGAACUCACCAGGCUCGCAGACUUUCUUCGUGGACAUGGUGCUUUCUAUUGGAGCUCUGCUGGUCCAUGGAUCAACCCCCUCUUCCGAACACCUGGACCUGUCUCGGGCAUCCUAUCAACGAGCCAUGUCAAAGUACAGGUCUUAUGACAUCCAAGAGUCAUCGCCUAUCCUGCGUACCCAGUCAUCUCUACUACUGACUGUGCACGCGAUGCAUCUCGACUCCGUCCGAGACCUCUUCGAUUGCGCCGCAGAAUCAGUCAAGAAUUGUGCAUUAUCAGACCUCUCAUAUCAACGAUCACGGCGAAAAGCUCCAUUGACGCAACAGCAUGGCAUCGACGACGUCGUUCAGAAAAUGGUUACAAGGACAUGUCUCGUAAUAGAUAUUAUCAUAUCUAACACGAUGGAACACAGUCUUUGCUUGGAAAACUCAUCGGUCGAUGACGAUAACAUGUCAGAGCUAGACGGCUCUGUGUCUUCCGAAGAUCUCAGGCUCGGCAAUCCCUUCGAGUUCAACUCAGCUGCUCCUUCGCCUGCAGAUGUUGCCCUGGAAGAACACAUUUUCCAGAUUCGUCGGAUUCAGUACCGUAUUCUGAAGAUUACGCGGAGAUUGGAACAUGAUGCGCAAAGGGAAGGCCAUCCCGUCCCCAACCUAUGGCGCUCGUGGCCUCGGCAUGAUUCGGAUCGUUGGAUUCACGAUAUUGACUCCCUUUCUGACUCUGCGGAGCGUCAAAGAAAGUUUCAAUCGAGCGCAUGGCUACAGAAGCUGGCCAACUAUACAGCCAUCUCGUUGUUCCCGAACCCAUACUUGGCCAUUCGAGGAGGGGACUCGAAACACCUUGUGACUGCAGCCUGCUCCGUUCUCGUAUCUUUUCGGAGGUUCCGGGUUAGAGAUCACACUGCAUGCUAUACUUGGACUGCACUCCUUCAUCAAUUCCAAGCUGGCAUCUGCGUUGUCUUUUGCCUGUGGGCAACGCCUACACACCAGCAAAUGGCGCUAUACGAUCGCCGCCCAGUCUGCCAAGCGUUAUUUGCCUGUCUUGCAACCUUGAUUGACUUUGCAAGCAAGUGGAGCUCUGCUCAAGUCUUCCGUGACGUUUUCGAGUUGCUGAUGGAGGCUGUGCCCGUCGUGGAGUUCGGCGACCCAUCUCAAUCCUGGUCUAUCACACCUCCUCAAUCGGCUAACUUACAGCUAUUUAUAACUGAACUGGAGGAUCUGAAGGUGCAACAGAAAGUAAUCAACAUGCUCAAAACUAUGCGCAGGGGGCGGGUGCCGUUCACGUCGCCAUCAGUGGAGGAGACGCAGUGGAUUCAGUACGAGCAUAACGAACAUAUGUCUUAA